AUACUGGAGAAAUUUAAUCCCAGUGCGCGGCAAAUGAUCAACGCUGGAAAAGCGUAUCUCAAGGCUCUUCAUGGUGCUGCAGCAGCUUCUCGAGUGUACGUUGAGGCGAUCACACGUUUGGCGAGGCAGGCGCAGCAGGGCACAUGGGCAGGAUCCGCUGAUAUAGGUUCUGCUUUGAUGCAAAUUGUCGAGGUGUACAAAGAAGUCCAAUCACAACAAAUGAACAUUCUGAAAGCAUUCUACGUCGAUCUUCUGGUGCCUCUCGAAACAAAUCUGGAAAAGGACACCAAAGUUGUACAGUCGGAACAGAAGCGGUUUUUGCAGCAACAUAAGCAAAGGAUGGAGAGCUACAGUAAAGCGGCCGCCGCCAUGAAAAAGCAGCGCAAAAAAAGAGUUGGCUCCAAAUCCUCAGUUGCGAUGGACAAAGAGCUGAAGAACAUGCAAAUUUUAGAGGAGGAGAAAUCGAAGUUAGACUCAUUUUGUGAACAAAGCUUAAAAAGUGCCAUGACGCAAGAGCGACGUCGGUAUGGGUUUGUGCUAGAGCGGCACUGUUCUCUAGCGAAGCACUAUUUGGCAUAUCACUCGAGCGGUCAGUCUAUGUACCAGAGAGGCCUGGAUGACUGGCAAGACAUUGCUAAAACUCGAGAAUUCUUACCUGAGUCUGUCGACUCAAUGUUUGCUUCCAAAUUGCGACAAAUCAGCAUGUGGCCAGAUGAUGAUGGAAUGCAAAGAAUGGAGGAUGAUAGGGUGUCGGUAACUUCCCAGCUACGAAAGACAAAGUCAAUGGAUGCGUCUUGUCUCGAUAUCCGUGCCAUGCAUGAAGUCACCAGUCCGACCAUGACCCAUAAUCUACUCUCACGUGCCAAAUCAGAUUUUAACCUUUCUGCAUCAAACCAUUCCCUGAACCAAGUGGAUCAAGAUCAUCCAACACUUCCUCGCCCGAAGUCAAUGGCCAUUCCAAAUGAUUGCUGUGAAAAUGGAACCGUUUUGGCUCGUGCUUUGUAUGCUUAUCUGUCCAGCGGUGACAAUCAACUUAGUUUCUUGGAAGGAGAUGUCAUAGCUCUGAUGGGUGAAAGGAACAAAGGUUGGCAGUUCGGCGAAAAUUUAAGGACCCAAAGCAGUGGCUGGUUCCCGCUUGCGUAUACAGAAACAUUAUUAGAUGAUAACCUUGUCAGUGGAGGCUCAAUGUCCCCUGUUCAGCACCGUCGUCAAGAUUCGACAGCGACAUCAAUGCAGACCAGCGGUAAUUCUGCUCACACACCAUCUUCACGCAGUCACCCUGCCGCACCUCCUCCUCCUUUGCCACCACAGCCCCCUGCAGUAACUCGAUUUGGCGAUACAUUAAGAUAUUCUGCCUAUCAGACUCGAGCGGGUAUGAAGGGCAAUAAUGUGCCACCACCCCUAAUGCCGGCUCCCGUAGUACCUUAUCCCCCAACUGUCUCCUCAGUACCAAAAGAGCGUCGUGCACCAGCAGCUAGGAUAGCGCCAAACAAACGACCUGGAGCGAACACACCAGCAACUGGUAACGUUAGUCUUCACAGUAGCAACGAUAGCGGUUUUAGCAAUGACCCACCUCCAGCCCCUGAAGUAGACUACUCAGACGAUGAAAUCACACGUCAAAAGAAGAAAUGGAGUUCCAAGUCCAAUGGAGUCUCUAACUCAAAAAGAGCCAUGAACGGACAUAAAAGUGACAGUGAACUGAAAACAAAAAAACCAAUUCAACAGGUGAAAGCCUGGCCAAACCACAAACACUCUGAUGACUACCCCAAAAAAGAUUACAAGUCAGAUUCAAUGAUGAAUGGAAGCACCAAUACAUCAACACUCAAUUACAAAAAAGACAACCGCUAUUACUCAUCGAGUGUAGGUCACCUUUCAACCUUGGAACGUAACACCAAAAAUGAAGAUGACUAUCUGAACGACAAGAAGAUCAAACGAACCAAGUCACUUUGGAAGUUUCGCAAGAAUGAGGAUGUGCUCGAAGGCAUGGCCUUGUGGAAGCACCGUUCACUCGUAGAUAUUCACUCUCUAGAUGACUCCAAUACAAACACUAUUACAAGGUCAAAUCAUGGCACCCCAAUGAUGAACAAAAAAUUGACUUCAAUCGACAUUAACAUAGAUGAAGAUGAGAAACGGCACCUGGAUACAUCUUCAUCAGUGAAUACAUUGGGGUCUGACAAUGGUUCGACAAGUAACAAUGCAGACACAGAAUCUUGCAUUGUUGUGGAUGAUCAUACAACAAUGCGAAAGCAGCAGUCCCGGGGAAUGCUACCGCGGACUCACCUGAUUAAAUCACCAUCAUCUCAGGGACUUGAUUCAAUGAAUCGACUCAAUCGUCAUGACAGCCACCAUGAUAGUCGUCAUGACAGCCACCAUGACAAUCGUCAUGACAGCCAUCAUGAUAUUCGUCAUGAUAGUCGUCACGAUAGUCGUCACGAUAGCCGGCAUGAUAGUCGGCAUGACAGCCGUCAUAACAGUCAUCACAAGAGCCACCACGAUAGUCGCCAUGAUGAUUUUGAUGAGGAUGAUGAUGAUGAACUUCACAUCGAGAAUACCAAAUAUUUUCGGUCCCACAAUAAGGAGAACACACCCUCGUGGAUUUACGAUUCAUGGGACAAUCAUGGCACCUUAAAGUGAAGCGUUCAAGUGUGCAUUAAGGGUCCAUUAAUUUUUAGAUCACUCCCAACAUGUUCGCAACAGUGAAAUUGCGGAAGACAAAAACCAACGAUCGAUCAGCUCCGAUGAUUCUCUAGAAUCCCAAGAAAUUUCCCGAAAUCAAGUAUUUCUUGUGAUGCUGUCUCAUCAAGAGAUGAAACCUGUUGAUCAUUGUUUGCCUUAAUCUUAGUUUUGUACAAAUCCGUUGAAAUAUUAGUAUCUAUUGUUAUAACUAUUACUGAGAAUCUAUGUUCAUAUUUUAAAACCAUUCUCUGAUAUUUUUAACAUUUCUGCUCACUUUUAGAAACUUUUUUCUUCUUUUUUUCUCCUGAAUUCUUUAUAUUAUAGUGGAAAAGUGCAUUCAAGAAAUCAAGUUGUCAUAUAAA